AAGUGUAUGAAAAGACUGGUUGUAUUGCACUCGUCAACAACUAUUUCCGAGCAAGAACGCCCGGAUCUACAACAACGCAAUGUUCUUUUCUCCUACAGGGAUCAUUCUUGUUUUAGCGAUCUCUGCCGUACUACACUCUGCCUUCUAUAGCGAAAAUUCGAUUUAUGCACAAUUCCAAAGAUGUGGGUCAAGGUGGUUCAAUUGGACUCCUGUUCACAAAGUAAUUGAAUCGGGGUAUCACAAGGUGACCAAAGCUACUGGAAGACCGUUCGUAGUCUGUUGGUGGGCCAGGGAUUAUUUAGUGAUGCCCCCCAAGUACCUCCAUGAUGUUCGUACUGCGGACGGAACUCACCUGAAUUUCUUCCACAGCAUCAGUGAUGCCUUUCAUCUGCAUACUACUGUUGGUGAUCUAUACACUGCAAGGACAUCUCAACGAAUGAUUGAUGUUGUUAAAAGGGGCCUGAAUCCGUUGUUACCCCAAAUUACUCCUAUACUGAUUAAUGAAAUUGACUACUCGCUUGAGCAUUUGCUAGAAGGUGGCUCCGAGUGGCAAUGCGUCAAAGCUAUGGAACUCUUCGCGGAGAUCACCCACCGAACUGCUACUCGAGUAUUGAUUUGCGAUGACCUCUGCAGAAAUGAAGACUUCAUUAAGCAAUCAAUGCGCUUCACAAAAUCAAUUUUCGUUACCGCCCUUGUCAUUGCAAACCUCUACCUUGGAGUAUUUCGAUGUCUGCUUGCUUGGCCCAUAAGUCUUGUUCAUGGAUGGUAUCUUCACAAAUGUAUGAACAUUUUACGACCGCAUGUUGAAAAGGCCAUUCAAGAGUGUACUGCCGAUACGAAAAAGCCAAACGCUAUCUACUGGACUAUAUCUCUCUUCCCUGAGACUGUGGACAAAGGUCACCAUGAUCGAUUUUUGAAAGAGCUACUUCAUUCAUUAUGGGCGGGGAGUUCUGCACCAGGAGGAAUGAUCACAGAAGUUGUGUGGCAGCUUCUAAUUAAUGACGGCGCCAUCGAUGCACUUCGAGAGGAGGCAAGAGAGGCAUUGAGUCAACAUGGGUGGUCUGAAAAAAUGUUGAAUUCUCUUCAUUUGCAGGACAGCUUCAUUCGAGAAACAAAUAGACUGUUCCCUACGGGCUCUAUGACAUGUGUUAGGACUGUUCUAGGACAGCCUUUCCAAUUUGAUGACGGGUUGAUUCUGCCUGUUGGCACUCGGUUUGGGUUUCCCGCUCAAGCCAUUCAACACGAUCAUGAUGCCCUAGAUAACCCUGCCGAAUUCGAUGGAUUCCGCUUUGUCAGAAGGGGCGUCGAUGAUCGUUCGGUAGCCUCCGGAGAAAAACAGUGGGCAGCGUCAUCGGUUGACACAUCCUACCUCCCAUUUGGAUAUGGAAACCAUGUUUGUCCUGGAAGGUUUUUCGCGAUUAGAUUGAUCAAAUUGAUCAUUACUAAGAUAAUUCUUGAAUUCGACAUCAAGUGGGAUAGAAAAGGUAAAGAUAGGCCGACGCCCAUCAAUAUCGAGGGUCAAUUUGUCCCGAACAUGCAACAGAAGAUAUACUUGAAAAGGAGGCAAGAUCUAUGAUUAUACACGGAGCAUUUCCUCGCAACACGGCACAA